CUGACGGUCGAUUGGAAAGCAGCAAAUGUUUUUCUGUCUGUAUUUCCCCGCGUUUCCGGCAGGUGGCAGUAGCUCAUCUGUUAACUCUGAACUCCACAGAAGAAGAAGCGACAGCCGUGUUUGUGUCAGAAAAGCUGAAUAAGUGCAGCCGUCUAUUGUUAGUUGGUUGUGUUUGUGUGAGUUUGAUGAAAGUGACACAGCAACCUGAGAAACCAAAAUAGCCUGUGACGUGAUUUGAGAUGUAUUACUAUAGAUAUGAGAACGCGGAAGUGAGCUGCUGCUACAAAUACCUAAUGUUCAGCUACAACAUCAUCUUCUGGCUGGCUGGAGUUGCUUUUAUUGCGGCUGGUUUUUGGGCGUGGAGUGAAAAGGGAAUCCUGUCGGACCUGACCCAGGUGACCCGGCUGCGUGGUUUUGACCCGGUCUGGUUGGUCCUGGUGGUUGGUGGAGUCACCUUCAUCCUGGGCUUUGCAGGCUGUGUGGGAGCUCUGAGAGAAAACAUCUGUCUGCUUAAGUUUUUUUCAGGCCUAAUCGGAUUCAUCUUCUUCUUGGAGCUGACAGCGGCAGUUCUGGCGGUGGUUUUUCAGAGUCAGGUCAGAGAUUGGAUCAAUAAGUUGUUCCUGGCAAAUGUGAAAGCAUACAGAGAGGACAUCGACCUGCAGAACCUCAUCGACUCUCUGCAGAGGAUGAACCACUGCUGUGGUGCUCAGCAACCCGACGAUUGGGAUCAGAACAUUUACUUCAGCUGUAAUGAGACUCAUCGCAGUAGAGAAAAGUGCGGAGUUCCUUUUUCCUGCUGCAUCACUGAUCCUGCUGAUUCGGUGGUGAACACUCAGUGUGGCUACGAUGUGAGAAAACGACCGGAGGGGGAGUGGAGUAAUCAUAUCUACGUUAAAGGGUGUAUCACAGCUUUGGAGGACUGGUUACCCGGAAAUCUCUACACUGUGGCCAUUGUCUUCAUUGUUGUCUCUCUGCUACAGAUGGUGGGGAUCUACCUGGCCAGGACUCUGAUCUCUGACAUUGAGAAGGUCAGAUUCAGCUACUGAAGCCUCCACCUGUUGGGGGUAGGGCUUACAACAGGUGUUACUGGAUCAAGUGUCUCCAGCCACAUGCCGCUUUCUUCUUCUUUAGUGUCUCUGCUGUAUCUUCACAUCAACAGCUUAGUCUUCUUCUGAUUAUAUAGUUGCUAUGGUGACAGGAACCACGGCAGUCUUCUGUUUUGUUUGUUUACACUGAAAUACUAGGAGCAUUCUCUAAGAGAUGCUUUGUUGAUGAAUGAGUUAUAUUUUUUUGUUGUUUUGUCACUGUGAGCAUCAUUGUGUAAGAGAUUUGUACCAGACUGCCUUCACUUUUCCUGUGUUUUAACAUUUUUCAGGUUUCAACCCUAACCCUCCUUUUCUACUUUUUGAAUGUUUAUUGGACCAGUGUGACCUUUGGCUGUUUACUGUUCAGCACCACCUUCAUCACCAUGAUUUUACUUCCAGGUUGAACUUGGGUCUCCACAUCAUGUGUUUCAUACUGAUGUUCUUCCUCAUCGUCUAUUAAUCACUGAUGAUUUUCUUUCUGUUAGUCUUUUUGGCUUUCAAGUGUCAUAUUAAUCUUGUUUGUUGAAAACUCAAAGAGAAUCAGUUUACUAAGAUGGAAAUCACUGGAGAAAGUCACAGGAGAGAAUAAGAUGAUUAAUGUAUGAAAUUAUUGAUUCGCAUGCGGUCUUCACCUUCAGUGAUUUAAAACAGGAGCUGAAAUGUUUUGUAAAAACAUCCCUAGAUUAUGACCUCAGCUCAGGUGUGAACUGGGACAGUGAGAAGAGGAGGAGUUAGUGAUGUCAUCCAGGUGUGAUAGAUCAGGUGAAGUCCCUUCCACACUGAUCUGUUGCAAACCGCUGAUCUGAACUUAUAGAAACACAAGGAACAGCUGGAAAUCUUCAUGUGAACCUGGAAACAUUAAAUAUUUGUGGCCAAAAAAGGUUGCUGAAUAAUUUUUUGUUUGAUUGGCUGUGUAGCUGUAAACAUGACAAGAAACCCGAACCCUCUUUUUCUACAUUUUGAAUGUUUAUUGAACCAAUACAUAUUGAUACUGUAUGGUAAUAUAAUUCAUACGGUAUAGUAUCAGCAUGUAAUACAGAAUUCUUAUUGAGGAAGGACACCACAGAGGAAGAAUCACAGUUCAAACUGAAAAUAAAUCAUUAAAACCAUGAACUGUUCUUUAAACUCUUGAAGCCAAGUCAUCACAUGUUUAACUAAGAAUGACGUCACGGACACUGGAUUCAAGAUUAAGUGCUUUGAAUAAAUACAAUGUUUAUGUACAAAUAAAGAUUUCAGGAUGUUGGAGCCGAUAAGAACAAACCAGACAAUUCAAUUUUAAGAAAUGUU